CGCUCUCAUGCUCUGCAGGUUUCUGUUUUAACAGUUCAGUUUCAGUUCGUGGUAAAACAUGUUCUUGAGUCUGAAUUAACUGUCUGUUGGCAUUAAUGAAGAAAAUAAGGAUCAGUUUUUUUUUGGUGGACGUGGAUCUAAAUUUAGACUCUUAUUCAAAGUCUAUUUUUACAGACGGAGCCCCUGAUGAAGUUCCCUCCAAAAUGAAGGCUCAUAUUUGUUCUUCAGAGAAUCAAACGUGGCGUUCUGCAGCCGUUCUGCAGCCUGAAACAACCACACCUUCACCGAGUAUUCCAGCCAGGAUGGAGGGCGUGUUUCUGCUGUCUGUGUUCAGCUCACAGACCCCUGUUGGACGUUUGGACUUCUGGUUUCCUGCCUUUGUUAACAGUGGAAGAUUUCCCCCCCGCCUCGUCCUCUUGAUCCUCUUCUCACCCCCACAGAUUCCCAGGAGCUCCCAGCAGAGAGAGAGAGAGAGAGAGAGCUGAAAUGAAGAGGUGAUCGAGGCGGGAGGAAGAGUGUCAGACAGUUUGAGUUUGUAGAUUCAGACGGUGAAUCACGUCUCCGAGUCCACAGCGUCUCCAGACUCACUCAGGUGUUGUCCCUCUGUCUUUGGGUGAUGGAGCGUCCUGACAGAGCGUCUCUGUUUACUCUGUCAUAUUGUUGUUGUUGUUGUUGUUGUUGUUGUUGUUGUUGUGUUUGUUCAGUGCAGGUAAGAGUUGUUGUUUUGUGUUUCGGCGAGUUAAAGCGUCGCUCUCCUGAAGCUGAUUGUUGAGAGGAAACGACCUCAUGAAGGGAAGAGAGUUUAUCUGGAGAGAGAGUUGUGCUUUCUAACCUUCCUGAAUGUGUGUGUGUGUGUGUGUGUGUGUGUGUGUGUGUGUGUGUGUGUGUGUGUGUGUGUGUGUGUGUGUGUAUACAUCCUCUCUAAAGUGUGUUAUGUCACACUCACUCUGGAUAAUUCAAUAAUAAAUGUUUGAUCUGAAUAAAUUCUCUCUUCAAACAUAAAGUUGUGUUUCCACAGGGAGGAAUGUUGAAACUAUUUUAAUGAAACUUUAUUUUAAAUGUUUUUAAAUUAAUUUAGUCAAAGUUCUUUAGAAACAGACAAACAGAGAUUAUUGAUCACUUUGAUAUAAUAUGCUUUACCAUAACUUACUGUAUAAGACCGUGACAUUAGACAGAAUACAAGACAAUGUUUACAGGACGAUACAUUUACAUGACAGCCUGUUAUGAUAUGAUAACAGGUUAUUACAGGUUAUUACAGGUUAUUACAGGUUAUUAUAGGUUAUUACAGGUUAUUACAGGUUAUAACAGGUUAUUACAGGUUAUUACAGGUUAUUACAGGUUAUAACAGGUUAUUACAGGUCAUAACAGGUUAUUACAGGUUAUUACAGGUUAUAACAGGUUAUUACAGGUUAUUACAGGUUAUAACAGGUUAUAACAGGUUAUUACAGGUUAUUACAGGUUAUUACAGGUUAUAAGAUUCUACAUGUUACACUCUGAUAUGAUGAUGAAUAUGAUUUAAUAUCUUACAGUAAGAUCUAAGGACCUCACACACACGGCGCUUCUCCACAGAAGUAUCAAUAAAUAAAACCAUGAGAAACAAACAAACUUCACUGAUAUUAGAUUUGUCAUGACCCACAUCUCCUGAUUGAUCCUGCCGUAAUCAAUGAUCACAAAGACACAGGAUGAUUGAUCAAAAGGACAUGUCAGGUAACAGUCAUCGAUUUAUCAGAUACAGACCAGAGGACGACAACAACUACAACAGACACACACACACACACACACACACACACACACACACACACACACACACACACACCCUCUCUCUUCACGCUCUGCUUUGUGUUCAGCUCUCAGGCAUCCAUUACACCUCCUCUGUUGUUCAGCAGCUCUCUCUGCAGCAGCUGUGUGUGUGUGUGUGUGUGUGUGUGUGUGUUUGUGUGUGUGUGUGUGUUAGAGUUAGCUCAGAGAUGUUUUCAGGAAUAAUGAGUGAAAGUAAACCAGUUAUUAUUAUUAACCUGAUAAAAGAUCUCAGAGAGACGACGGUUUGUCUGAUAUUUACAUUAACAAAACUCUAACCCCCGACCUCCACCUUCAUCCUGAUCGUCUCCUAAAAGGUCGUAUCCUCCGAUCGUAGCUGAUCGUAACCAUUCAAGUUAACGUGUCAAUUUACACCGACUUCUUUCCGUUCCUCUGAGGAUCGCUGAAAUCCUCAGGAACGGUUUCAUGUUUAUUUCUGAUGUUUAAAAUGUGGUUCUAUGGGGAUGAACUCACUUUUGGGGCAGCCUCUAGUGGCCCCUUGAAGAACUGCAGUUUUUUGGGGUUUUUCUUCACUUUUCAGCCUUUUGAUGAGAUUUAAGGAGACGAGCAACAAAAGGUCUUAAACUUUCAGACCAAAGAGCGACUUUUUAAAAUCAGAAGUUAUAAAAUAUCGUCGUCUAAAUGUCAGACGUUAUAAAAUGGCAGAGGUACCAGCUGGGUCCAGACUGUUAUAGAUGGGGGGGCAGUAUUGUCGUGGAGUCGUCACUGCAUAUCAAAUCUCUCUGUCUGUGACGUCGGUCCAAACAACAGAACCACUGUACUGUGGCCCAGGUCAGGCUGGAACCUGAACCCUGCCUCUGUGUGUGUGUGUGUGUGUGUGUGCGCAGUGGGGUUCUGGUGAUUGGGUCUCAUGGGAUCCUGGACGGAGACUCCACAAUACCACAUUCCAUUUCCCUCUUCUGUGUUCAGCUGAAGGUUCACCACCCUGACCGGACAAUGAGCUGAGGGGGCCGCGCCCUGCCGGGGGGGCGGAGGGAAAUGAGUCGCAGCUCACCCUGAAAUAGACUCACUCACCCCCCGCCGUACAACUCCCUUCCCAUCGUGUGAGACGGAGACGCCAAACAUGAGUACCAUGAGGACAGAGCGAGUGAAGACGUGAAGAAGUGAGGGAGACUGAAAGUCCAGCAGAGACUCAUGAGCUGACUCUGUCUCUGCUCCGUGUUUGACUCUGAGUGAAACACGGCAGAUACAUGAGAGUCUGAGGGAGAACUAUGGGAGAUAAAAACUAGUUUAUUCAGCUCCAUGUUGGUGAAACUCUGUUUACAGAUCUGGUCCAGCUGUGAGAGAUCACUGACGGGUCCGGCUGUAGUCUUUGUCUCAGGCAGAGCUGAGGUGCGUCUGUCCUCGUCUUCUGGUCUUCAUAGAUUCACCUCAUACUCGGGCCGGGCGAUAGUCGAUAUGGAUCAAUAUCAGGAUCUAAAAAUCUAUCAGUGUUUCUUGGUCUCAUGUCUUUUCCAACACAAUAAUCUCCUGCAUCUGUGAGGUCUUUGUGUCUCUUUGGCGUUUUGUCGUAAGGCGUCGCUCUAGAGAAAGCCGACUGAAUGGUCGUCUGUUUCAGGCGCCAUGGGCUCCUCGCUCCUCUCGGGGUUUGUAACCUUUGGCGUUGCGCGUGCUCUGCGGCGUGGCGCUGCUUCAGGUGGUGAAAAAGAUUUGAGGUAUUCCCCGACUUUGUGAGAACAUGUACUCGACAUAAUUUACAGUCCACAUUACUCUGCUUCAUGUCCGACCUCCAAAAACCAAAAUACCUCCACACCACCGACGUUUUCCUAACGCCAGUGUUGUGGUUGACAUUGAUGUGGUCAUCUGUUGAGCCUUCAUGGUCAUUUCUGUCGGGGGUAGCACUCAUUUUCUUUGUUUCUCACCAACAGUGCUGUCGGCUUCACCUGUUAAAGUGCUAUGGUUGGGUGGAGCUGCUGUCUGCUACGACGCUGCAGUUGGUUGAUACUUGGUUCUAAUUCAGAACAUGAUUGGUUCAGACCCGGAGACACGCCCCUUUUUAUUGGCUGUUCGUAUAGUCGACCAAAACAUGUCAGAAUGACGACGAUUGAAAAGGAUAUUGAUCAUGUUUGAUAUUGAUAUAGAGGGAAAUUAAUUUUGGAUCAAUAUCAUUUUAUCACCCAGCUCUACCUCGUACCAAAAUCUGUGUCCUGAUGUUGGGAGUGAGGACGUCUUGAAGAAAGUCGUCACUGUAUUAACUGACUGAAGUUCAAAGGUCAUGUUAGGAUGACUCUGCUCUCUGCUGUAGUUCAGAUAAACUGAAUCACCUCCUGAUCGUCUGAUUCUGGUCUUUUCUCCUCAUGUUUGAGUGAAUCCUUGAACCUGUGGAGAAGUUUUCUAACCCGAACACUCGUUUGUUCCUCAGACUUCAGCGGCUGGUUCCUCUCAGGAGGAGGUUAGAUCAGGGUGGUAAACACACGGUCACUCAGCAGGACAGUAUGAAGUCUAAGACGUGUUUCUGUGGUGAAAAUCAUCUCAGAUUCUCUUUAAAAAUAUAAACUGUCAGAAAAAUCCCGUCAUGACUCACGGUGAGAGUCAGAGCGCCCUCUGAGGUGAGGAGCAGGACUGAUGUGGUCUAUGAAGGUCCGGAGUUCUUGGGUAAACGUGGACCUCUUUACUGUCAUGCAGCACACUCAUACAUCAUAUUUCAGUGAAGGUCAUGACCUCUCCUGUGUCGUUACUCUGAAUCUCUCCCUGUUGGAGCUUCACGUCCUCGUCCCACACUGACAACAACAGGAGGAACGAGAGCGAGCUUCAUCUGUGGCUCACUCUUCAAUUACAUAAUCCUCAGAUCUAUAUUUGGACUCUGAGUUUGACUGUUUCUGCCUGACUGUGGAGACUGCAGUGAAACGUUGCAGAAACCCGAGUGUGUUUGUGGGUCAAAGGUCAGAGAGGACCUGGUCUGUGCAGGUCUCAGGUCUGCAGGGGUGGAGGGUCUGAGGAGACUGAAGAUGGUGCAGCAGAGGACCCUCAGGACCUCGGCUCCCUGCUGUGAUGACUGACGUUCCUCUCCUGUCUCCGUCUCCGUCCCCCUAAAGACUCUUUUGUAACGGGACCCCUCAGCAGAAGCUCCGGUUUGUCCCGUCCUGACAUGGAGGUGGGGGGACAGUAGGGGUCUUUGUUCGCCCCUCCGCCCGCCUCACAGCCGGUUCAGUAGUCCAGUUUGAAAUCCAACACCCCCGUCCUUCCUGAAGAGUGGUUCGCUCCGAACAACAAGCAGCAAAGUUGGUUCAAACAGAAGUUUCCAUCAAACAUUAACUCUGAGCGUCCAAACAGACACACGACAGUCACACGGCGAGCGGGCUGUCCCGUCAUCACGCAGUAACCACGCCGACCGAGCCGAUGUCACUUCAGGUUAGUCAGAUUAGAGAGGAUGGAUCAGGGAGAGCGGACACACGGAUACACGGAGGUUAGAGAGAGUUAAAGGGAAUAAAAGAGAGUAAAAAAGAGAGUUAAAGAGGCUGAAUCAAGGAGAGCGGCUGUCUGAUCAGACACACAGAUACACGGAGGGAAAAGAGAGUUAAAGAGGGUUAAAGGGAGUAAAAGAGAGUAAAUAAGAGAGUUAGAAAGAGAUAAAGAGUUAAAUAGUGUUCAGGAGGACUUUAACUUGUGAGUUUGUGACUCUCAGGAGUUUACAGGAUGAUUCAGCUGUAAUUACGUCACUGAGGUGUUUGUUUUUAGGAAACUGCAGCAUGUGAAAAAACAGAAGUGACUGAUUCAGAGACAGAAGGGCAGGUACGGUGGCCCUGAAGGGGAAAACUCACAAUUUCACAAAACUGAGAAGAGAGCAGGAGGAGGAGGAGGAGGAGGAGGAGAGAGGAGCAGGUGUGUGUGUGUUUCUGUGUGUAAAUGAAUAACCUGCUCUUCCAUCCCUCUUUGUUGUUUUUGAACGCUGACCUUUGACCCUCAGGGCCACCGUAGAAUGACUCCGUCGACUUUGACUUCAGUUUUUUAUUCGUGUUUCAUUUUUUAAGGCCUGAAUUUUCACAUCUAGACUCUGGCUCUGACACACACACACACACACACACACACACACACACACACACACACACACACACACACACACACACACACACACACAGACUGAGCGAUAAACCUGAUGGAGGUUUUUACAGGAUCCUGAGUUUCAGACUCACCUGGACGGUGAAGUUAGACGUUGAUUCUGAUUUUCUGCCUUUAAUCUUUUUUACAAACGUCUUCAUGAAGGAUUCAAGAGUUUAUUUCAGUCUGCAGAGACUGUUCCCUCAGGGUCUCUUCAGGUCCUCUGUCGUCUGUGAAGCUGGACUCUGUUGUCUCAGAGUGAUCUCAGCUUCUGAGGAACAUCAGACACGUUUCUGAAGAGGAGGAGGAGAAGUUCAGAAACAUGAACUCUGAGUGAAGAACAGGAGAGCCUCAGGGGUCAUCCUGGGGUUUUCUAAAGUCUCCUCAAGAGGGACAGAAACUCAGAUGUUCGUCUGAGAGAGGAGCAGAGAUUAUUGUGAAUCUGACAGAUUAUCAUCUUCAUCUUCAUCAUCUUCAUCAUCAUCCUCCUCAUCCUCAGCAGCAGCAGCAGGUCUCUGCAGCCGGUCAUCAUCUUGUUUUUAUUUCGGUGCUGAGUGUGUGGGAGUCUGCUGGAUGGACUGAGUCAUGAGAGGAUCUGUGAUCAGAGCUGAUCAUCAGAGUCCUGCAGAAACUCUCAUCAUCAUCAUCAUCAUCAUCGUCAUCAUCAUCAUCUUCAUCAUCAUCGUCAUCAUCAUCAACAUCAUCAUCAUCACCAUCAUCAUCAUCAUCUUCAUCAUCAUCAUCUUCAUCAUCAUCGUCAUCAUCAUCAACAUCAUCAUCAUCAUCGUCAUCAUCAUCACCAUCAUCAUCAUCAUCAUCAUCAUCAUCAUCAUCAUCGUCAUCAUCAUCAUCAUCAUCAUCAUCAUCAUCAUCAUCAUCAUCUUCAUCAUCAUCAUCUUCAUCAUCAUCGUCAUCAUCAUCAACAUCAUCAUCGUCAUCAUCAUCAUCAUCAUCAUCAUCAUCAUCAUCAUCUUCAUCAUCAUCAUCUUCAUCAUCAUCAUCUUCAUCAUCAUCAUCAUCGUCAUCGUCACCGUGGUCACUCAGAGCUCUGACGGCUCCUCUUUACCUGCUCAGGUGUGUUUAAAUCAACGUCUGAAGAUGUGGGAGGAGCCGUCGAAGCUCUUCUGUCAGAAUAACCGAAGAUCUGAAGACAUGUUUGAGUUCAAGCCUGAAGGAGAUUCAUCUUCUCCAACAAUCAGCUGACUCUGGGUUUGAUUCACGGACACUUGAGUAGAGAUGAGGCGUCUUUACGGAGGGAGAGAGAGAUUCAGAGAGGGAGAGAGAGAGAGAGAGAGAGGGAGAGAGAGAGAGAGGGUGAGGGAGAGAGAGAGAGAGAGAGAGAGAGAGAGAGAGAGAGAGAGAGAGAGAGAGAGAGAGAGAGGGAGAGAGAGAGAGGCUGUGGCAGGAAGAACAGAGGAGGGUUUGUGUGGUGGAGGAGGGCAGAAGAAUCUCCACUCUGGGCUGAAAUCUGAGGAAUCUGCUGAACAUGCAGGAAACACAGAACGCACCACAGAGGAGAGCGCCGUCUGUGAAACACACGGACGUUAGUGAUCAGCCAACCAGAGGAGAGAUCCUGACAGCUGUCAGAGCGUCAGCAGACCAGGACUGAGGGACCAGGACUGAGGGACCAGGACUGAGGGAUCAGGACUGAGGGACCAGGACUGAGGGACCAGGACUGAGGGACCAGGACUGAGCGGUUUUAUCUGCUUUGACUCAUUAACAGGAAAAACUUUGAUCCCCGUCUGAAACCCCUCUGUUCCGUCACCGUGGGUUUUUCUCUCCGUGAACACAGACGUGGUUUCUCAGGUGAACUCGCUCUGUCCUCCAAACAGGAAGUGUUAAACAGGAAGUGUUAAACAGGAAGUGUUAAACAGGAAGUGUUGACACGUCUUCCCUCAAUCUGCUUCCCUCACCGCUCACUCAACUUCCUGACAUGAAAGAGAAAUUGAACAGAGAAACACGCCCGACUUAGGCCCAACUUAAACCCAACUUAAACCCAACUUCAGUCUAACUUCAGUCUAACUUAAACCAAACUUAGGCCUGACUUCAGCGUAACUUAAACCCAACUUAGGCCUGACUUCAGCGUAACUUAAACCCAACUUAGGCCUGACUUCAGCGUAACUUAAACCCAACUUCAGCCAAACUUAGGCCCAACUUCAGCUUAACUUCAGCCCGACUUCAUCUCCCAAACCCAGCCCUGCAGCUCUGCCAUGAGAGACUCGCUGACAGACCCUGAGGAGCUGAAGGAGCAGGUCUUAAACGUGGUCUUCACGGGGCCGGACUCUGACCUCGUUCACAGUGAAACGGUGACCCUGUGGAGACCUUCUGAAGGUCGAGAUGGAGAGUCUGGUCUCUGAGGACCAGAGGUGAGGGAGAACCUCAGGAGAGCCGGAUCAGCAGGUGUGGAUCCGUCAGUCCUCCUCAGUCCUCUCUCUGAAUUAUUUAUAGACUCUCUUCAUUGAGGGGGCGGGGCCUCACAGCGGCUCAGGUCAGACUCGGUCACGGUGACACAGAUCGCUCUGAGCGGCGCUGUCCCUCCUGGUCGUCCUGAUGUCUCUCCUCUCAGGACUAAAUAAAGAAAGUCUUGGUCCCUCAGAGGAAGGGCGGUCCUGACUGGAGCCGGCGCCGUUUCCUGGAUGACAAUACCGCUCUCACUCUUCCUGCCAUCCCAGGGCGAUGGGGGGAGGGUGGUCAGAGGUCCACGCCCAGCUCCCAUUGUCCUCCUCAGGGUCCAGAGCAGGCAGGGCCGAGGACCACACCGGAACCGGUCCUUUCCUCGAGCCUGCAAGGCCGUCGACCCCCUCCCUGAAUCUUCCCGAUAAAUCCUUCCCAGCCUGCGGCGCUCCAAUCACACGCCGCAGAGACCCUCUUCCUUCCUGUUGAGGAAGUGGGCGUCACGUGGAGCUGAAGGCGGCUUCAGUCGGACUCCUGAUGCUCCUCAGCAUGCAGCAGAUACCUGCAUGUUCAACCUGGGCUUCAUCUUCAUGGUGAACGAGUCUCUGGAGCUGUCCGUCAUCUUUGUGCCGCUGGUUCUCCCUGAACACCCGCCCAUGGUGGAGGUAGAAGUGACCGCAGGUGUUCAGGCGUGUCCCUGCAGCAGACGCUCUGAUAACUCCUCUCUCUGUUUUCUCCAACAGGAAGUGAUCAUCCAGCUGAGGCCUCGUCUCUGCGUGAUCCAGAGGGGCUCUAACGGGUAUGGCUUUAACCUGCACAGCGAGCGGGCGCGGCCGGGACAGUACAUCCGAGCCGUGGACCAGGACUCCCCUGCAGAGGCGGCCGGCCUGCAGCCCAGAGACCGGAUCGUUCAGGUACUGGUGAAGGUCUGGACUCCAGCAGCUCAGGGUCACGUGGUUAAAAAGACGGAUUUUCACGAUACUUAAAGGCGAGCGGUUUUCAGUUCUGGACGACCUUUAACCUCCUAAUCUCUAAAAUAAUCUGAAAUAUUCCUGAGCUCACCUGAGAUUAUGGAGCAGGAAACGUCUGAAUGUAAUCUGACUCAUUCAGGCGUGAACAGUGAUUCUGUUCGUGUUUUUCUCGGUUCCAGGUCCGAUCUUUUCCCAGAGUUCACUGUGAAUCCAGAGGAAUGUGAUGUGAACAAACAGUCGCUGUGUGAGGUCUCUAAUCCUGCAUGGACCGCGGUGUGACUGUCACUGUGUCGACCUCAGAGUCUUAAACCGUCUGAGGUCUGCGGAGACAGACGUCCAAACAAAGACAGUCUCUGGUUGAUUCAGACGGACACGGUUUAGUUAAAUGUGGUCGAACCAGAGCGAGGACAAACCGACUCGGUGGAGGAGGAGAGGAGGGAAACAGACUGUCAGUCCUCCACCCGACAUGCAAACGUUUGAGGGUUUUCUGGAGACCUUAGAGGGUCUGGAUCUCCUCCGUCAUGACGGUCACUGACCUUCGUGUGACCCCGCUCUGCGCUGACUCACAAACUCACAAACUUCUGUGUUUUUGUUCCUGAAAUCCGACAUUUAACAAACCUGAUUAUUUGAUGAAACGCUCGACGUCCUCCCGGUCCGAGUCGACCCGUGAGUCAUGUUGUUGGAGGUUUGCCGGGGUGACUCAGCGGUGUUUUGGUGAGAAUGGUGACUGUGUCAGAUGGUGACUUUCAGCUUCUCUGAAAACGUCUUUAUAGACGAAUCUGAGGAGUUUAUUUUGACGUGACUGUAAUUUUUCAGUUUUAUAAUAACAGCACAGAUUAUAAUUAUAACCCGACAGGAUGAGUUUGUGUCUCCAUGAGCGCCUGAAAAGCCAAAGGACAGGAGGAGAGCGAGGCCGCAGCCCUGACACGUUCUUCUGAAAUUACAGGGUCACUGACCAAAUCUAAACCCGGCAGAGUGUGAGCGGAGAGUUCAGAGAGAAAAUCCAACAAUAGAUCAUUUUCACCGACUCAGACCGAAGCAAACGAGCCGUAAAAGUAAAAAGAGCGCGGGUGAAAAAGUGGGUUUAUUCAGGAGUUUACGGACGUUCAGAGGAGAAGAGGAGGAGAAGAGGAGAAGGAGGAGGAGGAGAGGAGGAGGAGGGCAGGGUCUGGGUCUGUCUGAGGGUCCAGCUCGGGGUUUCUAGUCCCCCUGAGGCCCCCAGACAGACUCACCACCCACUGAGGAGCGGGGCUCUGUGGGGAGCGGACGGCCAUUGUUACCGCUGUUACUGCCAGGCAGCUAUUGUCCCGCUUCCUCUGAGGGCCCGGCUUAGACGUGCAGCUCCACCCUGUGACCUAAACACACACUCUCACACACACACACACACACACACACACACACACACACACACACACACACACACACACACACACACUCACACACACACACACACACACUCACACACACACACACACACACACACACUUGGAGACAUUGCUCACAUGCUUUCCCAUGGCGAUUUUAUCCCACAGCGCUCAGCUGGUGCUGGAGGAGCCGCCUGACAUGGCGAGUUUCUGAGCGUCAGAGUUCAGCUGUCACACGGUGAAAAACACACCGAGGAAAAAACCCCGAGGAUUAAAGUCUGAAAAAAAGACCUGUGUGUGUGAGUGUGUGCGUGUGUGUGUGUGCGUGUGUGUGUGUGAUAAUACUGAGAGAAAAGAAACGUGACGGAGAUAAAAACAGUCUGUGCUGCUCGAACCUCAAAGUCAUGUGACUGUAGAUGGUUAUUAGGUCCAGCUGUGGUCGUUCGUUAAACUGAGUUAGUGUUUGGACAAACAGAUAAUUGAUCAUUUGAUUGAUACAGGUCUGAAAUGGAGGUCUCCCACCACUAGGUGGAGCUGUAGUCUCAGUUUAUGCUUGCUGCCAAAUUCCUUUAAUUCUCUACAACCUGGAUGUAAACAAUCACAGAUGACAGACGACAGCUUUACUGUUUAAAUUCAUGUCAUUUAUUCUGGUUUAUUUACAGUCAAAUAAAUUAAAAUAAUGAGAAAAAAUCAAAGUUUUUUUUUUUUGUUUUGAUCUAGAAAAUGGAGAUAACGUUGUGUUCAGGUUAAACUGGUUAAACUGGUUUAUAACCAGGUGAUCAGGCGGUUCUGGUUCUGCUGGUGUUCGCCGGACUCUUUAAACCAUCACUGACCUGCAGACUCUGAUCCUGGAUUUGGUUUUCAGACUCAUAAAUACUUUAAUAAUAAUAAUAAUAAUAAUAAUAAUAGUGUAAAUAAAGUAUAAAGAGGAAGUAAAUAAGAGAUAAAAUAAGUAAAAAUAAAGAGAUUAUAUACCAGUAUGUUCACCAUUAUUUUAAACUGAGUGAUCUGAAGACAGUAAGAGGACAAAGACUGUCUCCUCCUGUCCUCUAACCCUGAUCUGUCCUCUCAGGUGAACGGGAUUCCUGUGGAAGGAAAGACACACUCGGAGGUCGUAGCCGCCAUCAAAUCGGGAGGGAACGUGACCCGUCUGCUGGUGGUGGACCCCGACACAGACGCCUUCUUCAAGAGAUGCCGAGUGGCCCCGACCCCGGACCACCUGACCGGUGAGAGACGACCUCAGGGAGAAGCAGUCUGUGGUUUUACUGCAGCUGUUUGAUAAAAACUGUAGAGACUAAAGUCCUCCUCCUGGUCUUUGGGUUUAAAGUCUCUCCGCUGGAUCUCCCUCCUCCUCCUCCUCCUGUUUCAGUUCUACCUUUUCAUGACUCAGAUGAUCCCACACAGAUCUGUCUCCUCUUCUCUGAGAAAACACAGAAAUGAGUCACUGAGACGCUUUCGAAGCGAAGCGGCUGAUUUCUUUAAACGAGACGACCGACAGACCAGAAAUCAACACUAAAUAAAUAAACUUCAAGUAUAAAGAUGAAAAACUACGAGAGAGCCUUUAGAUUACAAAAUAAAAACAAACACGGUCCAUCCAGACGCAGGAACGAGUGUCUCUGAUUGGCUCCUCCAGUCCUGCGUUACCCGCCUCUCCCUCUAGAGGGAGCCCCACUACAGGGUGUCACCUUCAGGCUUCUGUAACUCCUACAGAGACAGACCUCAGGGGGGUGCAUGGUUAUCAGAAGUGCACCAUGAGACCACUUAUAUAAAGACCCCUCUGUUGGCAUGGCAACAGAGAGACCACAGAGUUAAAGGUGUUUCUAUAUUCUAGAUAUCCCACAUGUUCAUGUCUGUGCUCUGAGGGGUUAUUCAGCUCUCAGGAGACAGUGAAGGGAGAAACACUGAACCGCAUUUCAAAAUAAGAGUCCUUCAUUUCAAAAUAAAGGUCUUCAUGAAGAGUUGAAGAUUUAAAGAACAGAGAGACGGUCGAUGGAGGAGCAGAAACACGAGAACUUUCCAGACUCUUCAGGAUUAAAACAAGAACUGCUGACAGAGAUUCCACUCAGGUGUUUCCCAGGUAACGGCCCACGCUUCAUCUGCUGCCCACUCACAGGACACCUGCCUGCACUGACUCUUAACUUCAGCACACACACACACACACACACACACACGCGGCCAGCACCUUUGUUUGGUUUCCAAGGCGCUCGGUCCAAGUGUCCUCUCAGCCAGGAGCUGAAUUAGGACCUGAAGAGGCUCCUCUCAUCAGAGUCAGGGACACACACACACACACACACACACACACACACACACACACACACACACACACACACACACACACACACACAGCAGUCACCUGAGGAAGUGUCCAACCUCAGAUUAACUCAGAGGACCAGCUGCUCCCCAACAUUCAUCAGCGUUAGUUUGGUGUGUGUGGAGGUUCAGAGGAUGGAAGGUAAGCUGUGUGUGUGUGUGUGUGUGUGUGUGUGUGUGUGUGUGUGUGUGUGUGUGUGUGUGUGUGUGUGUGUGUGUCCUGAAUGCUCUGAGGCGUAGAGAGAGGGUCUGGGUUUGUUAGAAGACCAGGAGCAGAACCUUCAUGUCGGAGAUGAAUCAGGAGUGAAUAAUGGAUGAGCGUCUCGUACCCGCGCUGUAACAGAGUAAGAGAUGAUGGUGGUGGGCUGAAAGCUGAGCUGCAGGGACUCCUGACCCGUCAGAGAGGAGCGAAGGAGACUCAUGAUCAGAUGUUAGUCCUGACAGACGGACGGGGACAUGACUGAAUCUUGUGUUUUUGUGUCUGCAGGUCCGCUACCUGAGCCUGUGGUCAACGGAGGGAUGGAGGAGAAGGUAAGAGACGGCGAGCUGAAAACGAGCUUCAAGAUCUUUCAUAGACAGGACCCCCUGAUCCAGGUCUAACUAUGAUCAGAGAGGUAGAGAGGGGGUCUAUCUCCUGGACUGAGGCGCAGACGUCCGUCAGGUCAGGGUCAGACAGCGUUUAAAGACACAGACAGCGUUUUUCUCAGGUGUGGUUUGUAACAUCAGAGAGGCUGCUGGAGUCGGUUCUUAAUCACAGGCGUGUGGAGAACCGACCUUCCUGUUAUUGUCUGAACGCUCAGGCUCUCAUUGUGUGGAACUGUGGAGAACCGCGCCCAGUCAGCUCGCCGUUCACUCUGAGGUAUUAGAAGCUGUAGAGGACGGAGCGUUCGUACUGAGGGAUCAAAUCAGUUUAGAGGUUCAUAAAAACUUCACCUCUGCUGCUGCUGAUGACGUGUGAGGGUGACGUCCAGCUGACCCUCCAAAAUAAAAGCCUGCACACUCUAUAAUUGGACUAUUAUUAGGAAAAUCUACUUUAUGGUGGUGGCAGGAAGCACCAAAGGGCCCUCGCACCUGAGGCCGGUCUAACCUGAAAUCAGAUGAAAAACUCACAGUUUCUAUCAGACCGAAGAUCAACGUCUCGAGGACGUUUUGAAGAAAAACUCUCACAAACAGUCUCGUAGCCUCAGCUCUUAAAACGCUUCUGUGGACAGAUCACAGCUGAUUUUAUUCUCACAGCUCUGAAACUACAAAUAACCACGAAAAGACUGAAGCACUAAAUUAUGUCUCUGCUGAACUGUUGCCAGGCAACCAGUGGAUGCUCUGAGUUUCUAACUUCAGCUAAAAAGUAUUUCAGCACAUACCGCCCCCGUAAAACCAGGACUUGUUUUUUUUAAACUUAAUUUCUGCAGAUAAUAAACACCCCCGACAAAAACAGCUCCGCUCUCCACUCCUGUGUUUGUUCAUGUUAGAGUUUCAUAUUUUCUCUCACACCAAUAACUCCGAACAAGUCACUGCAGAUCUCCAAUUUAAUCAAAUACAGAGAACGAGGAGAUAGUGGGUUUUUUCGAGGGUGAAAAUCUGUCUUUUGGAUAAAAAUAACCUCUAAUAUUCACAGAAACACAAAUGAAAUCGUCUGUAAACUCGUGCACUGACGCUGCCUUCCUCCUGGGCUUUCAGCCAAAUAUGCAAAUACAGGCUCGACCCCGAGCUUCCCGUUCCUCAGGACUGUAUGUGCAGCAGAGAAGUUCCAUGUUCCACUUAUUGUUGCGUAACAGGCUGAGAGGGAGGGCGGUGCAGAGGUCAGGGAGGAGUCGCCUCUAAGAGGAGUUCAAACCCCAAGACUGAGGAGUGAGAAGCUCUGAGCUGCUGAUGUGAUUUCUGCAGAUAAACAGGCACUUCAAUCCAUCAGGCUAUGGAACCAUUACGGCUGAUUUACAGACACUUUCUUUAAAUACACAAGAAUAAAAAAACACAGAUGAGUUUUCUAUUAUUGUUCAUUUAAUCAUAAAAGGCCUGUUUUGAAAAGUAAAAUGUCAAAGCAUGCAAAGAUCUCAAAACAACCUGCAAACCUUCAGUAGAGCGAGAUUUUAAGAUUUGGUUUCUAUAAACUAGCAGAUAAUAUUCCUCCAUUAUCGUUAGGGACUCAUUUUUUCUCUCUUUUCUGUUAUUUUAUUCCUCUCAUGUGUUAAAGUCAGCUGUGAGAGAGUGAAAUCAACUGAAAUCAAAGGCUGCCCUCCUGUGGUGAAACUGCAGAAAUACUCCUCAGUCACAGUCAGACGUCUUCAAAUGUGCUGUUACUGCAUUACUAAUAAUGGUUUCUACAAUACUACAUAUGAAACCACAUUCACUGAGAAUAACGUUAUGAUGUAGUUUAUUCAGUCAUGAAAACACCAAAUAUUCUACACAAUAUUAACAUUUCACACUAAAUCACUAAAUCAAGAAUCAUGUUGAAUAUUGACUGAACAGGCAGAAACAGACUGAUUAUAAAAGCCUCUCCUGUGUGGUCAACGUUAUAGUCUACUGACCUCCAGAAAAGCAAAGAAACCACAACAACAGAGAAUUCAUCCACUUACAAGCUUCAAAAAUAACUUCACAAACUAUUUUAUUAAAAACCAAAAAAAGAUGUUUUUAGAUUUCUGUCGGCAUCAUCACAGAGUUUAACUCCUGUGACUGAGACUCAUCUCCUUUUCCAUCUCCACUCCUGUUCCUGUCCUCAGGUGAACGGUCGAGGGGUCAAAGAGGCGCAGAGAGACUCCAAGCUGUCAGUCAGUCCAUCGCCAUCCAACGCCUCGUCCAACGCCUCCUUCACAACCCCGCCCACAAACACCCCACCUGAGGUACGCCACAGCAGACAUCCCAUCACGCAGCGACCCUCACAUGUCAUUUUACUGACCCCUCCCACAGAGGCGUCGGAGGAGAGGAGCGGUCGGAGAAAACAGACAACACUGAUGUUUUUUCUUCUUCGUCUCUGUUCUUUUGGCGUUUCAGGGUCUGAUCACAGACGCCAUCCCGGCUCUGAACAUGUCGCUGCAGCAGGUCAAAGAGCUCGCCCACCAGAAACGGUCCAACAAGAGAGCUCCGCCCAUGGACUGGACCAAGAAGAACGAACUCUUCAGCAACCUAUAG